AUGGAUAUCGGCACCACUACUACUGUAACGCCCAUGAACGACCCUCUUCCACCCCCGCCCCCGCCCCCGCAAUUACAGGACGAACUCGUUCAAUGGGAACGUUUCCUUCGAUCCUACUCUCAAGGCGGGUUCAUGGCCGACCAAGCUCCCUGCUCUCCGCCUCUCCCUCUUUCGAAACAGACACCCUCCGGCCAGACCGACAAUGUUAACGCUUCCAAUCCUGAAGAAGCAUACGCGUUCAACGUCAAAGAAUUCCAAACGGCCCCGGUUUAUGAUCGGGUAGAGAUCGACUUGAACACAGCGAAGAGGGUCAGGACUUUUAUGCUAGGUACGGGUUCUUGCCUCCUCCGAGAGGGUCGAGGGAGCCGGAGAGGGAACGGUGUGUCGAGGAGUAUGAUCUGUACUCGGCGGAUCAGGUUCGUCGUCUGGGUCGAAAACUUCCAAUCAACCGUCGACCUAGUCCACGCCUUCUACGGCGGUAAAUCCAUCGUGACAUUCACCCUCUUCCGCGGAUCUAGCCAGGAAUUCAUGGCCGUCCAAGGCGACCCCUCCACCUUAAAAGCAGCGGGGUUGAAGAACGGCAUGAAGGUCUUACCAGAGUCGAGCAUGUGUGGACAUUCGGUACUGUGGACGGACCAGGAUUUGGUGGUCAAGGAUUUGAAGGAGGAUUGGAGGUACCGUGGGAACCCAUACGUCGCCCCGGACGGUGGAUUACGGUCUUAUCGAGCCUCGGUGGUCACCCUCCAGAUCGACCCGACGAGGAGGGACUAG